AUGUCGCAAGGAAAUCCGACUUUCCCAGGUCGAAAUCUUUACGCGUCCUCGAGUAAGCUGCCCGAUCGCACGACGCAAAAGCCUGGCAUCACGCUACCCUCGCAACAGUACUCCCAGUCGACAUUUGGGCGACGUCCCGAGCAACAAUAUCAACUUGCACAGACUGCAGCGCCACAACCGCAGCAUGGCGUGCUGGCCGGGAGGCAGAGCAUGGAGAAGGAAUCGAAUGCGCUCGGCGAAUUGAGCGAGGAGCAAAGAGAUGAAAUCAAUGAAGCCUUCUCCUUGUUCGAUCUCGAUCGGGAUCGGCACCUGGACUAUCACGAAGUCCGCGUGGCAAUGAGGUCCCUAGGGUUCUCGGUGCCGAAACCUGAAGUCGCGCAGAUAAUGCAAUCGCAAGGCGUACCAAAGCCACAAUUUAAGAGAGGGCCUCCUGUCAAAGGACAACAGACAUAUCACUCUAGUCAGCUCCUCCUACCACAAAACGCGUUCCAGCGGAUAGCAGCGCAAAAGAUAUUCGAACGCGAUCCCACGGAAGAAGUCGAACGGGCCCUGCAGUUGUUCGAUCCAGAUCAGAGAGGAUACAUUGAAGUCGACGAUAUUCGCAGAGUCGCUCGGGAACUAGGUGAGACUGGUCUCGAGGAUGAAGAAAUACAAGCCAUGGUGGAAGAGUUUGAUUAUGACGGGACAGGGAGCGUUGCAAAAGAGGCCUUUUAUGCCAUUUGUCUGCAAUGA